AUGGCGGGCGUCGGCGAUGCGGCCGCCCCGGGAGAAGGUGGCGGUGGCGGCGCGGACGGCCCGGAACGGGACGGCCGCGGCGAGGCGGAGCAGCCGGGAGGCGGCGGCGGCGGCGGCCACGGGCCCCCGCCGGCGCCUCAGCACACGGAGACGCUGGGCUUCUACGAGAGCGACCGGCGGCGGGAGCGGCGCCGCAGCCGCGCAGAGCUUUCGUUGUUGAGGUUCCUCAGUGCUGAACUAACAAGAGGGUACUUCCUUGAACAUAAUGAGGCCAAGUAUACGGAAAGAAGAGAAAGAGUAUACACUUGUAUGCGAAUACCAAGAGAAUUGGAAAAGCUCAUGGUUUUUGGAAUCUUUCUGUGCCUGGAUGCAUUUCUGUAUGUGUUCACCCUGCUUCCUUUAAGAGUUUUCCUGGCACUAUUCAGGCUCUUCACUCUGCCUUGCUAUGGCUUAAGGGACAGACGUUUGCUUCAGCCUGCUCAGGUGUGUGACAUUCUGAAGGGUGUCAUUUUGGUAAUCUGCUAUUUUAUGAUGCACUAUGUUGACUACUCCAUGAUGUAUCACCUGAUAAGAGGGCAGUCAGUCAUCAAGCUCUACAUCAUCUACAAUAUGCUUGAGGUAGCAGAUCGUCUGUUUUCAUCAUUUGGACAAGAUAUAUUAGAUGCUCUCUAUUGGACAGCAACAGAACCUAAAGAAAGAAAAAGAGCCCAUAUCGGAGUGAUCCCUCACUUUUUCAUGGCUGUUCUCUAUGUCUUUUUGCAUGCAAUUCUCAUCAUGGUUCAAGCAACAACUCUCAAUGUGGCUUUUAACUCCCACAACAAGUCACUGCUUACUAUCAUGAUGUCUAAUAAUUUUGUUGAAAUUAAAGGAAGUGUUUUCAAGAAGUUUGAAAAGAACAAUCUUUUUCAAAUGUCAAAUAGCGAUAUUAAGGAACGAUUCACGAAUUAUGUGCUUUUGCUAAUAGUGUGUCUAAGAAACAUGGAGCAGUUUUCUUGGAAUCCAGAUCACCUCUGGGUGUUGUUUCCAGAUGUCUGUAUGGUGAUUGCAUCAGAAACUGCUGUGGAUAUUGUAAAACACGCCUUUAUCACCAAGUUCAAUGACAUUACCGCAGAUGUCUACAGUGAAUAUAGAGCCAGCCUUGCUUUUGACCUUGUUAGCAGUCGACAGAAAAAUGCAUACACUGAUUACAGUGACUCCGUGGCACGGAGGAUGGGGUUCAUCCCUCUCCCACUAGCUGUUCUGCUCAUCAGAGUUGUAACAAGCUCAAUUAAAGUGCAAGGAAUCCUGUCUUAUGCCUGUGUCAUACUCUUCUAUUUUGGGUUGAUAUCCCUGAAAGUACUUAAUAGCAUCGUGCUGUUGGGGAAAUCAUGCCAGUAUGUGAAGGAGGCCAAGAUGGAAGAAAAGUUGUUUAAUCCCCCUCCAGCCAGUGCACCAGGCAAACCACCUAAUAAAUCACAGAACAAAUGUAAACCCUCUCAAGGUAUUUCCACAGAAGAAAACCUGUCUGCUUCGGUCACCAGCCAGCCUGUUCAUCCAAAGGAAAAUGUCAUCCCAUUACUUGUGGCAAGCAGUUCUGAUCAGUUUCUCACGACUCCAGAUGGCGAUGAGAAGGACAUAACGCAGGAAAGCUCUGAAUUAAAGCACAGAUCCUCAAAGAAAGAUUUGUUAGAGGUAGACAGGUUUACAAUCUGUGGAAACCGAAUCGACUGA